GAUGUUGAAUGAUCCUAAAUACAUUUAGACAGACUCAUAAAUAUACUGGGGAUCACAGAAUCAGAAAUUUAUUAAAUAACGAAAUGCUAAACAGUGUAUAUUAAUUCUUUCACAAUUCUGUUUUCUAGAUGUUAAUUAAAUUUAGAGAUAUGACAAUAAUUUCUAAAGAAGUGCUAGAAAUAGGGGAACUCAUUUAAAGAUCAAUGUGUUGAUGUUUGUUUAAAUUUAGGGCAUCCUUAGUACCUAUUAAGAUUUCGAUCAAUCCGAAAUCAAAUCUUGGUCUUUAGAUGAUGUAACAUGAUUAACAAUACUUCUC